AUGCGCUCGUUCUUUGUCUUUGUCUUCUUUCUCGUCGCGUUGCUCAUCGGAAAGUCUCUCCUUCUUUUUAUUGUCGCGCGUAGGAAUGGAAAAGAAGACGAACGUGAAGACGAGAAGAACGAGUACACUACGAAAGGAAAAGCGCCCACGAAACCUCCAAAGUGCGUCGCUUUCGCGUUCGGUGCGGACGUUUUGGUGUCGUCGCGUGCGUCGUUUUCGUUAUUCUCAUUCUUUCGGGGUGGUUUCUCGACAGAAAGAGAUGAUGAUAAAAAGAUGGUCAAAGAAGCACUGCGAGAGACGGUGACGUUUUGGGCGACGGAAGCGGCGUGCGAAUCGAUGGUGCUUUAUUUCGACAUUGGUGGGAGACGCACAGACGAGGAGGAAUAUUUGUUAGAGAGGUACGUAGAGGAGUGUUUUUUAGAUGGUGGUGGUAAUAGGAGUAGUGGUAAUAGUCAUCGCGCGCGGCGGAACGUUCGCGUGAAGCGGUAUUCGUCGUCUUCGACGAGGACGAUGGAGACGGUUGGAGAGUACGUUUUGGGAGGUUCCAGCGGCAAAGAGAAUGGAGAAGAGGGAGAAGAAAAUCACGGUUUGUUCGCGAAUGGUUUUGAGAAUAACGGCGGAAGGGUCACGCGGUCGGCAUCAUCCUCUGCGGCGCGUCAGAGGAGGAGAACAUCGACGUCGACGAUGACGGAGAGAGAGAAGACGAAGAAGAAUAAACCGAUGGAUGUCAUCAUCCUGACGCCUUCGACGGGAUACGACAUCCUCUCGAGUUUCACGCGAUCGUUGAGAAAACGGCAAAUGAAGACCGACGAAGAGAAAGAGGCGUUUUUAUCCUCGCUAGUAUCCAUGUCUUCUUCGUCAUCGAAAAAGGACGCAUCAACAAGAAGGCCUCCGCCGGCGACUGUCGCGUUAAUCGAACGCGAAUUGAAAAUAAAUUUCCUCAAAAACCAACUCCCAACUCCGGAACUCCUCGUCUCCGUCAGCCAAAUCUUCUCGGUCGGUAAAUUCCCGGGUUAUUUACUCUCCAAGUGCGAGUUAGCGCACGUGGAGUCCUUGAAGAGGAUGAAGGAUACAUCGACGCAAAAGAAGAUUUUGCGAGACUACUUGCGGUCUUUUCAAAGGUUCGGUACUUAG